GGGGAGGUCGGCGCUGAGGCGGAGGGGUCAGGGCGGGUCCCGCUCCCUGUCCCGCUCCCUUCCCGGGCUCCCACCCUCAUCCACAGCCCCGGGAGGCACAGCGCGGGCACGGGAACCUCCCUGCCCAGCCCUGCGUGUUUCCCCCAGCCCUGGAGCCUCCUGAGGGCUCGGCGGGCGGGCGGGAUGUGACCCGUCCCCGAGCCUGGAGGUCACCGGUGCUCUGUUGGCCAUGGAGAGCUGCAUCCCACAGGGAGGAGCCCGCCCGGCAUCCCGGGCGCCUUCCCUGCCCGAGGGGAUGAGCCGGGAGCCUCGCGGAGAGCUGGGAUUGCCGGGGACAGCACACGGAAUGUGUCCCAAGUGCCCCGUGGAGGGCUGGGAUAACCCGGCAGGAGACGUGGGAUUCACCCCCCACCAGGAAAUAGACAGGCGGUUGGAGAAGAAGCUGAAGAUCACACAGAAGGAAAGAGCCGGGUCUUCCAGACGGGAUGUAGCUACAGCUUUGGGGAAGCCUUGUAAGAAAAAGCCUCUCCCAGGAAGAAAUGGUAGAAAGUCCAAAUCUCCUCCCAAAGUGCCCAUCGUGAUCCAGGACGACAGCCUUCCCUCGGGGCCUCCCCCCCAGAUCCGCAUCCUCAAGAGGCCCACGACCAACGGCGUCCUCAGCACGCCCAACUCUGCCAGCCGGCCGGCCUUCCCCGUCAAAUCCCUGGCACAGAGGGAGGCGGAGUACGCCGAGGCCAGGAAACGCAUCCUGGGCAGCGCCAGCCCCGAGGAGGAGCAGGAGAAGCCCAUCCUGGACAGGCCCACCCGAAUCUCGCAGCCGGAGGACACCCGACAGCCCAACAAUGUGAUCCGGCAGCCGCUGGGCCCCGAUGGCUCCCAGGGCUUCAAGCAGCGCAGAUAAAGGCGGAUGUGCCGCGGUUCCGCCGUUCCGGAAAGCCGGGCCCCCGGCACGGACACACGGACCUGGGCAAGGGGGACUCCCGGCAUGAUUUGCACUGUGACCCCUUCGCUCUGCCCACUGUGACCUUCAGCCCCACGCACUGUGACCUCCCCUCUGCACCCACUGUGAGCGGCGAUCCCGAGGGCUGUCCCGAGGAUCCAGCGGGAGAAGGAGGGAGGUGCCGGACUCGGGCACCGGGAGCUGCGUGUGCCGCUCGGGUCGGGGCUGGCGCCAGCAAUAACGUUUGUUGUACUCGAAACCCUGGCAUUUAAGGAAAAAAAAAAAGAUGGGAAGUGUCCCCAGCCACGCAUGUUGUCCUCAUCACUUCCAGAGCGAGUUCUGUUUCUGAGGAUUUUGGGUUCUUCUGUUUGAUUUUCUGUUUGUUUUCUCUGUCUGGGAUCGGCCGAGUGCGUGGGAAGGGUUUGACCUGUUUGUGUUAAUCCACAGAGGUAGUUCAGUGUUCCCAAAGGAAUUCCAAUGGAUUUCCGUGAGUUGAAUGGCUUGGGGUUGACAAGCUCUUGCUUCUCCUUCCGAAGAAUUGGACUCCUGGAUCCCCCGGGAUACCUCGGAGCCGGACCUGGUCCACGUCUCGCUCCUGUGCAAGCUCAGCUCCCUUUUCCUGCUACUUUGAGGAAAAGCUUAAAACACCCCUUGGUUGGGCUCUUUUGUGCUUUGGAGAGAAGGGAAUGUGGAGUGAUCCCGUGAAAAUUCCUGCUGCCUGGCCACAGAGGGGCAGGCAGUGAAGAAUUUGGGCUGUGUGGUGAGGAGGAGAGUAUCCUGGAGCGGAGAGCGGGAUGUCCAGAGGGUCCGACCCCUCAGGGACGGUACGAGCUGCGUUUGCCUCCCGGAAUUCCAGACACCGGGAACAAACCCAGCCUUGGAGAGAGCCUGGAUGAUCCCUCCAUCUUCAGGAAAGGGAUUGUCCUCCUCCAGCUCCCGGGAAGAGGCCGGGGAGGCCGGUGCUCCGCAAGAACAGGGAUGUUCCCCCCUGGAUGAAGCUGAAUAUCAAGGGAUGAGAUGAACACUAAAUGCUGCUCUCGGAGGGGACCUGGAAUUCCCUGUGUGGUUCCCGGCGGAUUCCCAGCAGAUUCCCAGGCUCUGGGUGCUGCCUUCAGUAGGUUCAAGGGUGAACAAGCCAAUCCUGACGUGGUGUCCGUGCGGGGCAGCACUUCCUGCAUGGAAAUACGGCUUAAAUCCCACAGGAACGGGAAAAGAAAAACUACCUGUGCAUCCCACGGAUCCGCCGGAGCUCAGUGAGCUCCUUAAGGCUGAUUGCAGGUGGGGCAGGAUUCCCUCGGGAUUCCCCCGGGAUCCCCAGCCCCCAGUGGUUGGGGGGGGUCUCAGUUUUCCCUCCCCGGCUGGUGGUCGGGAUGAGCUCCGGGAGGGAGCGGGAGGGGAGAAGGAUGUCAGCAAUAACCGCAGUCACCGCGCCUUUCCUUAAUUAUUCCCAAAAACCCACCAAAUAGCCAAAAAACCCCAAACCCACCCGGCUCCUGGUGGGGCUGGGCAGUGUUCAACCACUGCCUCCUCCAGCACCGGAAUCUCCGUGUCCGGCACCGAAAUUCCAUCCCCGGCACCGAAAUCUCCCUUUUCCAGCACCGAAAUCUCCUUUUUCCAGCACCGAAAUGUCCUUCUCCGCCCCGGAAUCCUCCCGGCCGCCCCAUCCCGGUGCCCAGGAUACGUCCCGCCCGCGGGCAGGGCUCGGCGUUCCUGCGGGAAGCGCCCGCGUCCCGAGGAGGGCAGGAGGGACACGGUACCCGCGUGUUUGCGCCCCACAAACGUUGCGCCGGAGAGAAAAACGUUUUAUAAAUUGUAUUUUAAAUAAAUGUCUUUAAACUUUUAAGGA